UCAUGGCAGCCAGUUUCCUCUCAGACCUUGUGCAGUACCAGCGGCUCUUCCAGAUGUUCCUUGUGUUAGGCAUAGGUGGGACCCUCCUUAUUGGCUUCCAGGUCUCUGUGAUCACCUAUCCGUCACAGGACAUAAAGAGAUUUAUCAACGAGACGUGGGUAAAACGACAUGGCUCUCCUCUCCUUCCAGACAUGCUCACCCUGCUCUGGUCUUUUGUUGUGUCCAUCUACUGCCUAGGUGGGCUGCUGGGAUGUCUCUGGAGUGGACCCCUAACCACAAGAUAUGGAAAAAAGAAAAGUUUAAUGUGCAACAAUUUUAUCGUAAUUGUAGCUGCCCUUCUCAUUGGUUCCAGUAAGAUGGCCCACUCUUUUGAACUGAUUCUGAUGGGUCGCUUCUUUUAUGGCAUCAGUGCAGGUAUAUGCCUGAACAUCCAUGGACCAUACCUUGGAGAAGUUUCUCCCAAAAAGUUUAGAGGUUUUGCAAUUGCCACAGCCUCUGUGUUUUUUUCACUAGGAAAGGCCUUGGGGCAAAUUAUGGGUUUAAGAGAUCUUUUAGGCACCACAUCUUUAUGGCCUUUCCUGUUGGCUCUGUGUGGAAUACCAGCACUGCUGCAGCUGCUCCUGUUGCCGUUCUUCCCAGAAUCUCCUCCAUUCCUGUUGAUUCAAAAGGAUGAUAAAGUAGGCUGCUUAGCAGCCAUGAAGGACCUCUGGGGUGAAGGACAUUACCAAGUUGAGAUGGAGGACAUGAUGAAGGAGAAGGUGGCCACAAGGAAUGCCAAGACCUUGACUGUCCUGGAAGUGAUGAGGGAGCCAUUGUUGCGGUGGCCCUUGUACAUCACCAUUCUGCUGAUCAUGAGCAUACAGCUCUGUGGCUUGAGUGCAAUCUACUUCUAUGCCUUUGAAGUUUUCCGUACAGCCAAGCUUGAGGAAGCACUCAUCCCUUAUGUGACCCUAGGGGUCGGCAUAUGUGAAUUUGCCUCUGUCAUCCUGUGUAGCACCAUCAUUGACCACGUUGGCAGGAGAAUUCUACUGUGGGGAGGUUAUGGGAUGAUGGCUUUGGCAAUGGCACUCCUCAUCCUGACCCUCUCUCUUCAGGAUCAGUUCACAUGGAUGUCUUACUGCAGCAUCACCCUCAUCUUCUUGUUCACUGUCUUCUAUGGAAUUGGCCCAUCUGGCGCUAUCGUCUCUGUUAUGAUAGAGGUUUUCAACCAAUCAGCCAGACCAUCAGCAUUUGUCAUCGCAGGCUCCAUCAGCUGGGUGGGCCUCUUUGUCACUGGGAUGGGCUUCCCAUUUGUUGUGGAGGCCCUGAGUCACUUCUGCUUCCUCAUCUUUCUGGCUGUGCUGACUGGGAUGGGAAUUUUCAUCUAUAUCUUCCUUCCAGAGACAAAGGGGAGGUCAGUCAUAGACAUAACAGAAGAACUCAACAGGAUACAUUUGGGGAAGAAACUUGUUUUAACUGCCCUGGAAAAGAAUUCUUCCACGGACAACAGUUUUUCUACCAAGUUAUGAUCUGCAGAGGUAAAAAUAAGGUCACUAUA